AAACUACCCAGUUUUGGGCCUUACCUGGAACAACGCAAAAAGAUAAUAGCUGAGAACAAGAUGAAACUGAAGGAACAGACCAUGGCUGCUGUGCUUCCCAAGAAAAAGCAUUUCAUUCCGAAGAAGCCCAUUCCAGCAAUCAAGGAUGUAAUUGGAAAGGCACUGCAGUAUAUUGGAACAUAUGGUGAGCUCUGCAACACAGAGCAAGUUGUGGCUCUGAUUGACGAGGAAAUGUGUAUCAACUGUGGCAAAUGUUACAUGACCUGUAAUGAUUCUGGCUACCAGGCUAUCCAGUUUGAUCCCGAAACCCACCUGCCCACGGUUACUGACAGCUGUACAGGCUGCACCCUGUGUCUCAGCGUCUGCCCCGUUAUCGACUGCAUCCGCAUGGUUUCCAGGACAACACCCUACGAACCAAAGCGCGGGCUGCCCUUAGCCGUGAACCCCAUGUGUUGA